AUGAAAGAAAUGGAAAACUAAAAACAAGAAAAAAUAAAGCAGAAAUAAUUAAUAAAAGCACAAAAUAUUAAGCACAAUGAAUCUCUAGGCACUCUAUUAGAAUAAAAUGCAAUUUUUGAAACUGAUGUACAAUUAUUAGAAUCUUGCUAAACUACCAAAACAUAAAUUGAUGAUUAGGAAAACAAAGCAUUUGCAAACGCUUAAAGCUUAAAUUCAGAGCUGCCAGCUAUAAUUGAUUGUCAAAGUUAAGGCAAUUCUUAAGGUCUAAACGAAAAGGAUGUUGCAUUUAUUCAGUCUUUAAAUCACCAGCAACUUAUCUAAAACAUUAUUAGUAAGAAGCUAAAUCCAUUUAUUCCUCUGGUAAGUGGUAUCAAUUUAAAUCCUCACUUACAAAAUGCUUCAUUAGCAUUUGAUUAAAAUGUCUAAAUUGGAAAAGAUUAAAAUAUUGGAUCAGAACAAAUACCUCUAGAUGACAAAAUAGAUAAUAAUGAAUAAAUAAAAGCUAAUCUAUAAGGCAACUUGGAUUUUAAUUUGCAGUAGAAUUAUAUAAAUUCGAUUACUCAAAAGCUUAAAUUUAUAGAGAGCAGAAACUAAUUAGGAGAUAUUAAGAAUUUUUGA